AUGGGGUUUGAGGAAAAGCCUCUGGCAGGUCUGAUUCCUGCGCCGGAGACAGAAUCAGAUGGGCCUCCUGUGGGGAGAGCCUCUUCUGGGAUGAACCUCGCGGCGGCUCUGGUUGCUGAGCGCGACCUCGCCGAGGCGGCGAAGGGUCUGAUGCCACUGAGGGCGUUGAAGCGGCUGGCGGAGGAAACGGACGGCCAGGAUCGGAAGAUGAGGAAUAUAGACGGUGGAGAUGGGGGGGCAGUAGAUGCGGUGUGCUGUGUGCGCAUGGAGAGGAAUAAAGGUAUGGCUUUUAUCCUCUGCGGGGAUACCUACUGCUGGGUGUGUUCUCAGGAGCUAUGGUUGAAUAGUGGGUCUUGUCCACUUUGCAACCGUGCGAUCUCCCAAAUCCUUGAUAUCUUUUAG